AUGUCUUCCGGACGUAAGUGCAACAACUGUGGAAGUGCCGAUAUCGAGGUCGACAAUGCACGGGGCGAUGCCGUGUGUACGAACUGUGGAUCGGUGCUGGAAGACAACAUCAUCGUAUCGGAGAUCCAGUUCGAGGAGAAUGCACAUGGAGCGGCCAGCGCCGUCGGUCAGUUCGUUGCGUCCGAUUCGCGUGGUGGAGCUACGGCGUACGGAAAGUUUCACGUCGGUACUGGAACGGAAUCUCGCGAGGUUACGCUACGGAAAGCUCGCCAAGGCAUUACCCUGCUGUGUAGUCAGCUGCGGUUGAACAACCAUUGCAUUGAAACGGCCUGCAACUUCUUCAAGAUGGCCCUAAUGCGCAACCUGACCCGUGGUCGGCGAAAUUCACACAUUUAUGCGGCCUGCGUUUACAUCACGUGCCGCACAGAGGGAACGUCUCAUUUACUAAUCGACAUCAGUGAUGUGCUGCAGAUUUGUUGCUAUGAACUUGGAAGAACUUACCUGAAGCUUUCACAGUCGCUUUGUCUCAAUAUUCCAUCAAUCGAUCCCUGCAUCUACAUCAUGCGGUACGCAAACAAGCUCGAGUUUAAGGAGAAAACGCACGAAGUCUCGAUGACGGCGCAACGGUUAGUGCAGAGGAUGAAAAAGGAUUCCAUACACUCCGGCAGACGCCCUUCGGGAUUGUGUGGUGCCGCAUUGCUGCUAGCCGCCCGCAUGCAUGAUUUCAGCCGUACACCCAACGAUAUCGUACGCAUCGUAAAGAUACACGAAUCUACCCUGCGCAAAAGGUUGUUCGAGUUCGGUGAAACACCCAGCAGCGCCCUAACGGUGGACGAGUUUAUGGCGGUCGAUCUGGAAGCCGAACAGGAUCCGCCGGCGUUUAAAGCGGCUCGCAAAAGGGACAAAGAGCGCCUGCAGAAGCUGGAAGAACAGACGACCGAAUUCAAUCAGCUGCAGGCAGAAAUCGAUGCUGCGCUCGAUCGCGAAAUGAUCGCGCGUGCCGGGAAGAAGCGCAAACUGAAGAAAACGGACUUUGACGAACAGCAGGAAACGGGUCAAUUCAUCGAGGAGUCCACGAUGGAUGUGAUACAGGAGUGUCUGAUCGAGGAAACGACAGUUAGUGUGGUCGCGGAUAAAAGCAAACCCAUCAUUCCGGAAGGUAUGCGACCGGAUCUGCGAGCGAUCUGUUCGAAUAAUGACGCCGAGCGGCACGGUGCGGAAGACGCCGUGACACAGGAAGAUGAUCCUGGGAAUGGGGAACUUCUUACCGAAGAUUUGGAUGACGAUGAGAUUAAUGGGUAUAUUAUGACGGAGGAGGAAGCACGCACCAAAAACGUACAGUGGGAAAAGUUGAACGAAGAGUAUCUGAAGGAGCAGAAGCUGAAAGAGGAACGGCUGGCCAAGGAGCGCGAGGAGGGCAAGCCCGAGAAGAAGAAGCGUCGCACGGUAAAGAAAAAAAUGCUUGGGCCAUCGUCAUCGGCUCGCGAGGCCAUCGAAAUGAUACUGCAGGAGAAGAAAAUAUCGAGCAAAAUCAACUACGACAUACUGAAGACGCUAACGGAUGGUGAAGGUGGUCCCGGUGCCAUUGCAACGAUGGCCGCACCCGUACACAGUCUGGAGACUAGCAUUGAGAUAAAGGGAGAUUCAGAGAUUGCCAGCGCACAAUCACCCGUGCGAGGAAAGCAAGAAAAAAUGGUGCCAGCCACAUCUACCGCUGAUGGGGUCGCUGCCAAUCGUGGCAGUUUGAAGCCAACUCCCAACUUUGGUGCCUCCUCGAGAAGGAAGCAUACGGCACAGGCAACACUGCCCGUUGUGCCGGCGGGCGUGGACGACGAACCGACGAAAGACGCGGAAGAUGGAACGACUAAAGCGGCUCAAGACAACAUCGAUGAUUAUGAUGAUGAGGCCGAUGGCGAACCGGAACCAGAACCGGAACCGGAGCACAAAUCGCUUGCGGAUAUGCUUAACACUGGGGAGGAUGAUGAUUAUUACGGUUACGACGACGAUUACUAA